CAAACAAUCAAGAGAAAAUAACUCUAUACCUAGUGCUUUGCAAAAAAUUCAUUGGUUCCGCAUUGUUCUGGAUGAAGCACACAUUAUUAAAGACGUUAAUACAGUACAGAGCAAAGCUGCACUUUCUUUGAAGGCAGAACGGGUGGAUGAUCUUUUUGCGCUCAUCAAAUUCCUUCAUAUGCAUCCUUUUGAUGACAAAGAUAAUUGGAAUUAUUAUAUUUCGCGUCCAAUAAAGUCAAUCGAUCUUGUUGGUAUAAGUCGCCUACAAAUAUUGAUGAAAUGUAUUACCCUUCGCAGAACAAAAACACAUAACGGAAAGCCCCUAUUAUCUUUACCACCUCGUAAUGAUUGUAUACGAUAUCUUGAACUUAACGAGUACGAACGUAAAUUAUAUGAUAAAAUAUUUUGUUCUCAAGCAGAACAAUUCAGGCAAUUAGAAGAACAAAAUAACAUUAUGCAACAUUACGUGAACAUUUUACAGUCUAUAUUAAGAUUACGCCAAAUUUGCGCACAUUUUGCCUUGGUCAAGGAGUCAGAACUACAGGAUGAUUUCGAAGACAAAACUGUUAAUGAUGGUUUAACUCCUACAAGAGGAAUGAUGUUGCUUAACCUUAUCAGAGAAAGUGGCAUGGAUCAAUGUGGUUCUU